AUGUCUGGAUAUAGAACCGUUGGUUAUUUUGUCAAUUGGGCCAUUUACGGCCGCAACUACAACCCCCAGGAUCUGCCCGCGCAGAAACUGACCCAUGUUCUCUACGCGUUCGCCAAUGUCCGUCCCGAGACUGGUGAAGUCUACCUCUCUGACACCUGGUCUGAUGUUGAGAAGCACUACCCCACUGAUUCGUGGAAUGACACCGGAAACAACGUCUAUGGCUGCGCCAAGCAGCUCGGCUUGGUGAAGCGCCAGAACAGACAGCUCAAAGUUCUCCUCUCUAUCGGAGGUUGGACCUAUUCUCCCAACUUCACCAACGGCGCUGGUACCGCUGCGAACAGGGACAACUUUGCGAAGACUGCGACUAAGCUCAUUACUGACCUUGGCUUUGAUGGCAUUGAUAUUGAUUGGGAAUAUCCCCAGGACGAUCAACAGGCGCAGAACUACGUUGAUCUUCUCCGUAGAUGCCGUGAAGCUUUGAAUGCCGUUCAAGGUUCUCGGAAGUUCCAACUUACCGUUGCUGUCCCGGCCGGCCCGACCAACUACAACAAACUCCGACUGCAGGAGAUGACCCCGUACCUGGACUUUUACAACCUCAUGGCGUACGAUUACGCCGGUAGCUGGGAUCAGACCGCAGGCCACCAGGCGAACCUUAACCCCUCCACCAGCAACCCUGCAUCCACCCCGUUCAACACGGUUCAAGCUGUCAACCACUACAUCGAUGCGGGUGGCGUCCCAUCGAACAAGAUCGUCUUGGGCAUGCCGAUUUAUGGCCGUGCGUUUGAGAACACCGAUGGACCCGGCAAACCCUACUCGGGUAUUGGCCAGGGAACCUGGGAGCAAGGAGUGUAUGACUACAAGGCGCUGCCCAGACCUGGAGCCACCGAGCAGCUGGACACCAACAUUGGUGCAUCGUGGUCGUACGAUCCUUCUUCUCGCGAAAUGGUCUCGUACGAUACUGUCGCCGCAGCCGACCUGAAGGCCGCCUACAUUCAGAGUCGCAAGCUCGGCGGUGCUAUGUGGUGGGAGACCAGUGCUGACAAGGGCGGCAAGACCGCGAACAAGGGUGACGGCAGCCUGAUCGGCACCUUUGUUGAAGACGUUGGAGGCGUUAACAAUCUGGACCGCACGCAGAACGCCAUCGAUUACCCCGACAGCAAGUACGACAACCUCAAGGCUGGUUACCCGUCGUCUUAA